AUGAGGAAGUGGAAUAUUUGUACUGCUAGAUCGGAAACUAGGAGUUGUAAGCUCCACCUCAUAAUAUGUGAUCUUGAUGGUUUACCGAUGGAACACAUAAAGGAGGAGGAAAAUUAUACCAUUGAAGUACAGAUAGAAUGGAGAGUUGCUAGGAAAAGUUACCUAUCGAAAAGAGCUGUUGGAAGGAAUCUCACCUCAAAACAGCAAAUAAACUCUUGCGGAUGUGUCCAUUGGGAAGAAGGUUUUGAAAGAAACUGCAAGUUGAAACUGAAGGACUCCAAGAGUUUCAGAAGCUGGAUCAUUAACCUUGAGGUUCAUGGAUCAGGUGCAGGAUCAAACAGCACAGCUUCAGUUAUAGCCAAACAUAGAAUGGAUAUUGCUGAUUUUGCCGGUCCAACCGAAACUUCGGAGAAAAUUGUCAGACUUCCAGUCAGGUGCAACAUCGGUGGCUCCAAUCUCGAGGCCAGACUAACAGUAAAACUCAGUUUCUUUGAAUUCCAAACCAAAUAUAUCAACAGCAUUAUACACCCUCUUUCUCCAACCAAGCUACUACCAUCUCUAUCAUCAUGCAUAACUUUUCAGAGUCAAACCAGUAACAAGAUGGGCAGCCCCACUUCAGAAUCAGAUGAGGACUCUGAGCCUAGCUACAGGAGCCUAGUUGCAACAAAUCUACUCAUCAGGGGCCUUGCAGAUCACAAGCCUGAAUAUGGCACGGUUGAGAGCUGGGAGGAAGACCAGCCAUUAAGUUACCAGACCAUGCAGAAACCUUCUUUAGCCAGGCUACUUUCAUGGAAUAAUAUAAGGCCUAGUUUUAGUGUUCUGGAUCCUCUCAGAGAUGCACCACUGUUAAACAAAGCAUAUGGUGAAAAUGGAGGGGAUGAUAUUGACAAUGACCGCCGCUGCCACUUAUCACUCUCACAACCAGUACAGGAUCAGAUCAAUAUCGUCAAUAAUGAUUUAAAACCUACUGGAUUUGUGGACAGUGAUCCGUUUGAGAUAGGAAACUGGGAAAAGAGAAAGCUGGUAAGUAGAGAUGGAAGAUUGGAGCUAGUGACAGAAAUUUUUCUGGCUAACAUUGACCAACGGAGUGAGAAAGCAUCAGGUGAAGGUGCCUGUACAGUUCUAGCAGCCGUUAUCGCCGAUUGGCUGCACCAGAACCCGGGAAUCUUACCACUGCGAUGCCAAUUUGAUAAAUUGAUCAGUGAAGGAUCUUCAUUGUGGAGAAACCUUUGCAAAGAAGAGACUAAUAAGGAGAAAUUCUUGGAUCAGCACUUUGACCUUGAUACUGUCUUACAAGCACAAGUUCGGCCAUUGGUGGUGGUUUCUGAGAAGUCCUACGUGGGUUUCUUUGAACUUGAAAAUAUUCCAAAUCAGUUGGAGUUCCUCCAAGGUGCUAUGUCUUUUGACACUAUAUGGGAGGAGCUCCAAAGCAGUCAAUCAGCGUCAAAGGAACAAAUCUACGUUGUGAGUUGGAAUGAUCAUUUUUUCGUUCUUAAAAUAGAAAAGGAUGCAAUUUACACAAUUGACACAUUAGGGGAGAGGUUGUUUGAGGGAUGCAAUAAAGCCUACAUAGUGAAGUUCAACAGAGAAAGUAAGGUCCAUAGACUGCAACCAGAGACGAGCAAUGCAGAGGUGGAUUCAGAAAGAAGUGUCGAAAGUCAUCCAAAUAGUGCGGGAGAAGAUGACGAAAUUAAAAGUUUCAAGCAAUUAAUAUGUGAAGGCCAGUCUUCCUGCAAAGAGUUUAUCAAAGGGUUUCUUGCAGCUCUCCCACUAAGAGAAUUGCAAGCUGACAUCAAAAGGGGAAUCAUUGGAGAAGUUCCUCUCCAUCAUCUCCUGCAAAUUGAGUUCCAAUACACAAUUCCAUGCAACAAGAACUCAGACAAACAGGGAGAUCAAAUCCUAAUAGAUUAG